AUGCAGUUCCCGGAGCCUCACAUCCAAGCCCCCGCAAAUGAACACACCCACACGGCCAUCCUACUUCACGGAAGGGGAAGCAACGGCCCUGAAUUCGCCACGGAGAUAUUUUCUUCCGUGACCUCCCAAGGCAAAAACUUGUGCGACAGCUUGCCGAAUUUCCGCUGGGUUUUCCCGAGUUCUGGCGACCGAUGGAGUACCAGGUUUGAAGAAUCCAUGCCAUCUUGGUUCGAUGCAUAUUCCCUCGACAACAUCGAGGAGAACAAAGAUAAACAGAUCGAGGGUCUUCGGGAAUCAGUGGUGUACAUUCUAGACUUGUUGGAUCGCGAGAUUGAGCGAGUCGGUGGGGAUCCGCGACGUAUUUACCUUGGGGGCAUCAGUCAGGGCAUGGCAAUAACCCUAUGGACCUUCUUGUGCGCGCCUGGAAGGAUUCAAAGGCCACUCGGUGGAAUUCUUGGGUUCUGCGGAUGGUUGCCGUUUUCUGAAGAUGCCGAAAAUCUCAUUCGAGGAUUUGCGAGUGGAUUGCAUGCGUCUACCAAGCAACUCCGAGCGUCUCGACUUUUUUUGGACGUCAUUUCUAGUUCCAAUUCGUCACAGAUUAACGAAGAUACUGACUUGACCGUACUGUCGACUCCAAUAUUCCUAAGCCAUGGCUCGGACGACCAAUGGGUCUCCGUGGAGCUUGGUCGCCAAGCGGCCGGGAUCUUUCAGCGCCUUGAAUUUUCGAUAGAAUGUCACGAAUUUACUGGUGCCGAAGGAGAUGGUCAUUGGAUUGCGGAGUUUGAGGGAUUUGAUCAAAUCCUUAGUUUCAUCGAGAAACAGGUCGAACAGAAUCAUGAAUGUGACAACUCAAGAAAGAUUAUUUAA